GUGGAGGAUGUGGAUGGGCGCCUCAGGAGACCGAAGGCAGCCCCAGCGCGGCGCCCCGAGUCCGGGCAGGACGCAGCUGGCCCUCCCAGAGGCUCAGUAUUGCUUGCUACCUGCAGGCUCUUUUCGCAAAAAAAAGGUUGCAAAGAGGCCGGGAUACAUGAGAACAGAGGUGCUGCGACAGAUUGAAUUUCGGCCUUCUGCUGGCUGUGAACCAUUCAGCCGAAAGGGGCUUGAACAUCAUGGUGAAACGCACUACAGAGAUUUUAAGAACUGCUCUCAGAAGAGUCAAUGCAAAACUGAGUUGCGAUUGUUCCAUUGUAACUCAUGUAUAAACAGCGCCCCAGUCUCUCCAAAUGUGGCAACUGGAUCACCCCCCGCUGGAAAUACAGGAGAAAGUCUCAGAUGCCUGGCUGAUCUCAGAAUGCAGCAAUCAGAAAAUCUAAUCCUUCCUGUUUGUCCUGUGGUUGCUAUCCAGAAAGGCGAUGUCUCACCUUCAUACAGCUCAUAUUCACGGCAGAAGAAUUUGCUAUACCCUGUGAAAGAGACAACUCAUAGUAGGGGAUCACAGGAGAAGGAAAGAAUGUGUGCUUUGGGUCAAAAGGAAGUGAACAACAGCCAGGAAUAUGAAACCAAAGAAAUUGCAUGUAAUUCUUCCAGUCCUCAAGAUGGCUUUCAUUCAAGUUUUAGCUUCAUACAACUAUCACUAAAUUCAACUUUGGAAACAAAUGACAUUGGAGGCCCAUCAGAUUGUAUUGAGCCUAAAGAAGUUCCACAAAUUUGUGGAGUAGGAAAAGCAGAAAAUGUUACUUUGAAUGUUCCUGGGCAGGGACAAAGAACUUCUGAGCAAGAACCGUGGGCUUCAUCCAACUGUAUGUGUGACGAAGAUUGCAAGUGCCCAAGGGAGUCUACAGAGGGUGAUAUAUGGCAGGAUUAUGAGACGCUCUCAUUUUUACAUGCAAAUGCUGCAUUUUCCUGUUCCACUGAUUCUUUGGAUGCAGCAUCUGCUGGUUCUUCCGUGACUUCAGGCUAUGAAAGUAGUAACACUGUUAAUGAUCUCAGCUGGGAUUCUUUGAUGAAGAAAUAUGAGCCAGUGCUACAGGAGUGCUUACUGGGCAACCAAAAUAUAAUCAAGAUAAAAUCUUUAAUAAGAAAGCUUCAGAGGCUUCAAGAGAAGGCAGUAGCUGAUGAUGACUAUGAGAGAGCUGACAAAUUUAGAAGAAAUCUUGAAGAGCUGGAGAAAGAGAAAAGUUCACUAACAUUUCAACUUCCUUCACGACAUCCUUCAAUUAGCAGCUUUUUGGACAGAUUCAGAGCACAGGUUCAAGUGACAUUGUAUGGGGAUGCUCAUAGGCUUAACGGAGAAGACAAACAGCAGAAAAAUGAACAGAAGAUUUUAGGUCUCCCUUAUCAUGAAACGGUACGGGUUUCAGCCACAAAACGAGAUCAGUUGCUUGAAGAAAAGGCGUGGAUACAGAAAGAAAUCAAAGUUCUUAAAGCAAGGCUGGUUGCUCUGGAAGCUAAAGAGCAACAGUUACAGAUCGAAAUUCAGGAGCAGGAGCAGCUCAUUCAGGCAGAGGAUUGUGAGUUGUCUACGUUACUCAGCUGGGUGUCACUUCGAGAACUGCAAGCAAUAGGCAAAGCUUUGGCUGAUAUUUCAGAAGCAUCACAUAACAUUCCAUCGAGUUUGAAUUUUCCAGGCUCCAUAAAAAGGCUUCAAGAAAAAGAGCAGUUGCUCAAUAUGUCUAUCAAAGAUACUGCUGCCAAACUAUGUACCAGUCAGAAGCUAUGCAGCAUUUUAAGGAGGAAAGUGAGUGAUAUCGAGACUCAACUACCAGCUCUUCUUGAAGCCAAAAUGCUUGCUGUAUCAGGAGGUAAUUUCUGUACUGCUAAAGACCUUGUAGAAGAAAUUAAAUCAUUAACAGCUGAAAGAGAACGACUGGAGGGACUUCUCAGCGAAUGGUCAUCCCUGAGUGCCCAAAAUGUCCAAAACUUAGAGAGAAUGAAAGAAGGUCACAAGAGACUGAAGGAAGAAAUGGAGCAAGGGGAAUCUGCCUUCGAGAAGAAGUUGAAGGAAAAUGCUCUCAAAUAUAUGGAAGUACUGGAAGAAAAACUGCAAAGCUGUGGGAGCCAGCUUCUUGAAAGAGUGUGGGAAGUUGACUUAGAGGCCUGUCAGCUGUUGAUCCGAGGGUUUCAGCUGAAAAAAGGUGGUUGUGUUUCUGAGGGAGAAGAGAGCCAAACAGAUGAAGUGGAAGAUACUGCUGAUGCCUCUGUGAACACCAAGCUGGAACAAUCAAAGCAUGCUCCAAUUAAAGACUCCAAGUGGAGUGCUCUCCAGUGACCUGUCAUCCAAAACAAACACCAAAGUACACACUGGGAACUGAAAGAGGAAUUCCAUUUACUUUCUACGGAACUCAAGGAAAAGUGUGAAAAAAUAAGUGAGAAACUGAUGCACCUGGAAGAUGAACUUCAUAGAGCCAUCUGCAGCUGUGACGAAGACCUGGCUCAGUCUCUACAGAGAGAAAUCCAGAUGGUGAAGGAAACUCUCCAGGCCAUGCUGGUGCAGCUCCAGCCAGCUAAGGAGGCAGAAGGAGAUGGUGCCGCUGCCGCCGCUGACUUCCUCAGUGACAGCUGGUGUCCAGGAAAGCAAGGCUGAAGCGAGGAAUAAUGAGGAGGAAGGCGGAGGGGGGAAGCUGAAUUCACCGGAGUUGCUUUCGAGAAUGGAAUGCUCCUUGAGGAUC